AUGGCCCCCGACAAACCCCCUCCCCUCCCCCUCGCCCCCGACCGCGCCGCCCUCUCGAACCGCAUCUCCCUCCUCCUCUCCGCCCAGUCCUCCGUCCUCAAGACCAUGAGCCAGUCCUCCGCCGCCGCCGCCAAGCGCCAGCCCCAACCCCCGAGGCACCACCACCACCGCCCAGACGUGGAGGACCUGUUCCGGGAGCACGCCCGUCCGAACGAGGGCGUGGGGUACGUCGCCGACGCCGCCAAGGCGAAGAGCGACGAUGCCGCGAGGGAGGACAGGAUGUUGAGGGGCCGACUGCUGGGCAAGCGCAGAGAUUUGAAUGCCGGGAGACGGAGGGCCCGGCCGGCGGACGAGAACGAGGAGGAUGACGAGGGCGGCAGGAGCUCGUUGGGUAAGAGGAAGAGGCCAAAGAGGGCAGCGGAAACUGCCCAGGAGGCGGUGGAGGCAGAAACGAGCCACCUGGCUCCUGAGGGCAACGUGGAUCAGGAUCAAACAGACGAAGCGCACAAUGACUUGGACGACACGGGAACGAAUCAGAGCAGGGAGCCAGGUAGUUUCGAUCUACCAGACCACAAUCAGUCGACUGCAGAAACAAAAACAAAGAAGAAGAAGAAGAGGAGGAAGAACAAGAAAAUUCAAGAAUGA